AUGGAUUUUACUUCUUCUGGUCCUAUUCCAGAGAAGGUGACAUUUAAGGUUACAAAUGGAUCAUCUAAAGAUUCUCAUUUUGUGAAAAAGAAGACCACAAUGAAGACAAAGGUAGUUUGUGAUAAAUAUGUUUCAAAAAAGAGUGAUUCUGAGAAGGAUAUAAAAGGUGGUUCUAAGAAUGUAGUCAAUGAUGUCUCUAAGAAGGAAGUUCAAAAUGUUUAUGAGAAGGAUGCUACUAUUGUAUCAAAUACCAAGGAGACAAGCAAUCUUGAUGUCACUGUAAACACAUCUAAUGUUUAUAUAAACAUCAAUUCUGGUGAGCCAAUCUUAACUACGCUUCCAGAAACAUCUUAUGUCACUCCAGUCGAUGGUUCUAUUUCCAUGUCCAAUAUGGAGCAGGCCAAAACAUUAAACGUCACUGUGAACUUAUCUAACAAGGACUCAAUGUUUCUAUGGUUAUCCUAUAUGAACCUAUCAUUUUUUAUUCUCUUCUCAAUUGAUAGAUCAAGAUCCACCGAUACUAUAGAAGAUGAAGUGAUUGAAUUUGAUGAUCUUGCAUUCGGUCCUGAAGAAGAUAAUAUUGAUGACAAUGUCAUUAUGUCAGGCAAGCAAUAUAAAAUUUUAAACUCCAUACUCAACACUAUUCACCAUUUUUUAGAUGAUAAUAUUGGGAAGUCUUAUGUAACUGGUGAUGAUUGA